GCUGUGCGGACCGUCGCCGUUGUAUCAGCCGGGCUGGCCGCGGUCGAGCUGUCGAGAAGCCGGUGUGGCGCUGCGAGCAAGGUGGGGCUGGAUGCUCGUGUGACGCGGUUCAUGAUGGUCGGAACCACGCCGUGUGCAUCUCUGGACUGAGAGGCUCUGACUGAGGAAGAACCGGCAGCCGGGGCGUGUGUCUGCGUGUGCGGCGGUUCAGCAGGCUGUCAGCGGCGAAGGAGAGGUUGACAGCGGGAGGAGGAGAGAGCAGAGCGGACAUUUGACACAACCGGGAAAGGCGAGAGGAACUGAACUGAAGGCAGCUGAGCACACAGUCGAACAGCCGCGCGUUGGCGGAGGCGGCGGGGAGGGGGGGUCACAGUCAGAACAGCUCGGUUCGGUUCGGUUCAGCUCGAAAGCGGGUGGAGAACCGCCGUGUCAGAGCAGCAGGGAGAGCGGGCCGGACAGCCUUACCUUGUUGUGUGUAUGUCUGUGUGAGAGAGAGAGAGAGUGAGUGAGUGUGUGUCCGCGUGUCCUCGCGCGCGCGGGGAGUUCACGUGCAGUGUGGACAUGGAUACGACAUUCAGAAUAUCGCAGAGUGCGGAGUCCCUGGACUUCACCGUGGAGAAUGUGGAGAAGGCUCUGCACCAGCUCUACUAUGACCCUAAUAUCGACAACAAGAAUCUUGCCCAGAAGUGGCUCAUGCAAGCCCAAGUGUCCCCACAGGCAUGGCAGUUCUGCUGGGCUCUGCUUAGCCCAGACAAGGUUCCAGAGAUCCAGUACUUUGGUGCCAGUGCUCUUCACACCAAGAUCUCGCGCUACUGGGGGGAUAUCCCUGCCGAGCAGUAUGACUCCCUCAAGACGCAGCUCUUCUCCCAGAUUGCCUGCUUCGCUUCGGGCUCCAGAAUGGUUCUGACACGGCUCUGCGUGGCCCUGGCCUCUCUGGCACUCAACAUGAUGCCAGAAGCGUGGCCGGGGGCCGUGGCUGAGAUGGUGCGUGCCUUCCAGGAAGAGGGGAACGUGGCAGAUGGGCGUGCCCGCUGCUUGGCGCUGCUCGAGCUGCUCACCGUGCUGCCCGAGGAGUUUCAGACCAGCCGGCUACCACAGUACCGCAAGGGGCAGGUGCGCGGAGCACUGGGUGCCGAGUGGGCCUCAGUGUGGCCGCUGCUCCGACAGCUGCUGCGGCAGCCCGACUCGCCAGGCCCCGUGAAGGCACGAGUGCUGAGGUGCCUGUCCAGCUGGGUGCUCCUGGAUGUGCCACUGAGCGAGAGCGAGGCCCUCGUGCAGGAUAGCUUCAGCGCGUUGGCUGACCCCGAGCUCUUUGAUACCGCUGUGGAGGCUGUCGUCAAUGCCAUCUCUCAGCCUGACUCCCAGAGGUACGUGAACACAUUGCUGAAACUGGUGCCCCAGGUGCUGCAGCUGCAGGACCAGCUGCGGGAGGCGGUACAGAGUGGUGACAUGGAGACCUCACAUGGGAUCUGUCGCAUCGCUGUGGCCCUUGGGGAGAACCACUCCAGGACUCUUUUGGAGCAGGUUGAACACUGGCAAAGUUUUCUGGCCCUUGUGAACAUGAUCAUGUUCUGCACUGGCAUUCCUGGGCACUACCCCGUCAACGAGACCACCAGUUCUCUCACACUCACCUUCUGGUACACCCUCCAGGAUGACAUCAUGUCUUUCGAGGCCGACAAGCAGGCAGUGUAUCUGCAAGUCUACAGGCCUGUGUACUUCCAGCUGGUGGACGUGCUGCUACAUAAGGCCCAGUUCCCCUCUGAUGAGGAGUAUGCCACCUGGUCGUCUGAUGAGAAGGAGCAGUUUAGGAUCUACCGGGUGGACAUCUCAGACACACUGAUGUACGUGUAUGAGAUGCUGGGUGCCGAGCUCCUCAGCAACCUGUAUGACAAGUUGGGCAGGCUGCUGACCUCCGACCAGCCCACGUCCUGGCAGCAUACAGAAGCACUGCUGUAUGGCUUCCAGUCCAUUGCCGAAACCAUAGAUGUGAACUACUCCGACGUCAUUCCUGGCCUCAUCGGCUUGAUUCCGCGAAUCAACAUCAACAACGUUCAGCUGGCAGAUACAGUCAUGUUCACUAUAGGUGCGCUGGCAGAGUGGCUGGCUGAUCACCCAGUCAUGUUGAGCAGCGUCCUCCCGCUUGUGCUGCAGGCCUUGGGGAACCCAGAUCUGUCGGUGUCCAGUGUGUCCACGCUCAAGAAGAUCUGUCGUGAGUGCAAGUACGACUUGCCCCCCUACGCUAACAACAUUGUCGCAGUCUCCCAGGAGGUUCUCAUUAAGCAGAUCCACAAGACCAGUCAAUGCAUGUGGCUGAUGCAGGCCCUGGGCUUCUUGCUCUCCGCCCUGCCAGUGGAGGACAUCUUACGGAACCUGCAUUCUCUCAUCACCCCUUAUAUCCAACAGCUGGAGAAGCUGGCAGCUGAGACGCCCAAUCCGUCCAAUAAGCUAGCUAUCAUUCACAUUUUGGGCCUCCUGUCCAACCUGUUCACUACACUGGACAUCUCUAAACAGGAGGAUGAGUUAGGAGAAGGUGUACCCUUGGUCAAAAAGGCCCUCCCCCAGUCAGGCCCCAACCCAGUUGUGGUGGUCCUCCAGCAGGUCUUUGCUCUUAUCCAGACUGUCCUCAGCAAGUGGCUCAAUGACUCGCAGGUGGUGGAGGCUGUAUGUGCCAUUUUUGAGAAAUCUGUGAAGACUCUUCUACAAGAUUUUGCCCCUAUGGUGUCCCAACUAAGUGAGAUGCUUGGUCAGAUGUAUAGCACCAUCCCACAGGCUUCUGCCCUGGACCUCACACGUCAGAUGGUCCAUAUAUUUGCCAGUGAAACUGACUACUUUCCCCCUAUCAAGGCUCUUUUUGAAUUGGUCACCUCUGUCACAUUAUCCAUCUUUCAGCAAGGGCCCAGGGAUCAUCCUGAUAUUGUUGAUUCAUUUAUGCAACUCCAAGCUCAGGCCCUCAAACGGAAACCAGACUUAUUUAUGUCUGAGAAUCUUGAUGUGAAAGCUGUGUUCCAUUGUGGAGUGCUGUCACUGAAAUUUCCAGAAGCCCCCACUGUCAAAUCCACCUGUCUGUUUUUUACGGAGCUGCUGCCUCACUGUGCAGAUGUUCCUUCAGUGGGCCAGGUGGUACAGGAAGAGGGCAAGCUGCUGCUGCAGGCCAUCUUGGAGGCAAUUGGAGGACAGUCGUCCCGCAGUCUGAUGGACCAGUUUUCAGAGAUCCUGUUCUCUAUGAACAAGCACUGCUUUGCACUGCUGACAGUGUGGCUGAAGGAGGUGCUGCAGCGCCCCAACUUCCCCUCCUCUCGGCUCACUGCAGAGCAGAAAGACACUUUCAGCCAACAGAUCCUCAGGGAGCGAGUGAACAAGCGUCGAGUCAAGGAGAUUGUGAAGGAGUUCACUUUGCUGUGUAGAGGACUGCAUGGCACGGAGUACGCUGCCGAUUACUGAAACAGCACCAGCCCCGACACCAGAACCCAAAGCAGCCCUACAGCCACCUAGACACCUACUACUUCGGUCACAUGGGAGCCAAGAGAAUCGACACCAAGGAAAGUCAGGGUGACCCCGGGGUGAUCCCAGCUCUUCAGUGACCAUUCCAGGAGAGCCAAGGCUGAAAUGUCUCUGGGUUUUAUUAGCAUUGAAACCAAAACUACUUCUUCCAGCCGAUCUGCCCCUUUCCCAUGGCUUUUACCCAGCAGCAUGGCUCAUCUCCCCUCCUUCCAAAUCAAGCUUUCAGCUCUUCUCAUUAUGGCUCUUCCAUGGCUCUGAGCCUAUUCUCCUCGUGAUAUGCAUCCAUAAGAUAAAUAGUGAUAUUUCGCUUAUUUUUGGAAAGAUCCAAAGACACACACACAGGACUUGACAUAGUCAUGCCUGCUGCUAACUGGAGAAGACAAAUAAAGAGACAAACUUCUUUGUGCCCUGCAGGUCCAUGUCUUAUUGCAUCAAUUUGUGCCCCGUCUUUGCUCCUAUGUUGCCAAAUUGUGAACUGUUAUGUGUCCUAGGCUUUUUAUAUUUUUUUAUAUUAUAUAAAGUAGAAUUUUAACUGGUUCUUGUAGAUAUUAUAAAUUAAGCUGAGAUGAGCUAAAUCACUACUAAUAAUCAAAGGAAAUGAAUUGUACCCCAAAUGUAACCAUUAAACUUGGAAUGAUUUAAAGUAAUUGAUACAUGAAAAAAGCUUCUGUCUACACUGAGGACUUUGGGUGGAAAUUAUUGCAAUUGAAGGAUCUUAGCUUCCUAACGGAAACAGUGGUGGAUCAAACAGCAACAGGAAAGGUUUCCUUGGUUCUGCUGAAGGACGGAGUACAAACCUAUCGCUAAUUGUUCUACUCUAAUAAUCUGAGCCCUGUUACAGCAGUUUCUUAGUUCAAAAGCAGAGUUGCUAAGAUUUCUGUUCAAUAACUGUUAGUGUUUGUAUGCCUGCAUUUUCACUGGUUAUCCAGGCUUUAGCUACAUUUUGGACAUGUAAAAACACCCUAAAUUCCAAAUCAACCUCCCCCCUGCCCAAUUUAACACCAUUUACAUCAACACCUGUAGUGCAUGAACGGAGUUGUCAUUCUCCUUGCUCCUACCUAACGCUAUGUGUCCUUGACUGUACCCAUUUCAAGCCUGCAAACUUGUAGCAUGUAUGUUUUUCGGGAGGGGGUUGGUUGGUGACAGUAGCAUAGCGUAUGUGUGCUUGCACAAUAUUGGUACAGUAGGGUAAUACUUGCUGGAGAUUAAAAAGCAGGGGAAUGAGGAAAAUGUAUAUUGAUUUUUGUAUCUGGUUUUAAUUUAUUAAAUAUAUCUACAGCAGCA